GCCUCUUGGCCGAUGAUUAUUGGCUUUUUGUACUCCAUAGAACGCGCCUCAGCGUCAGCCACUCGCUGCUACCGGAUAACCCAUUCCAGUUCCAGAACAGUCGACAUGGCCUCCCUCCAUCAGGGAAAUCUAUGUUGCAGUACGUUAUGCAAAAAUGGAGUGGUGGGUAUUCCUGCUAUUCCAUUCUUCCAAAUGGGUUCGGAAGCUAUGAGUGCUUUCUGGAAAGGGAGAGUCAUUUCACAAAACAUGUAUAGGAAGGAAUCACUUACUUUUCUUAGAAGAGGAUUCAACAGGCAAAAGAAAGUGAUCUUCAUUAUUCCAAGAUGUAGCAAUUCAUCAAACUCGAGUGGCAGUGAAGAGAAUGCCUCUGAUGAAACCAAGACACCUUUUGGAUAUUCAAGGAAGGAUGUUUUACUGAUAGGUCUUGGAGUUACAGUUCUUGGGGUUGGCUUGAAAAGUGGACUAGAGUUUGCUGGAGUUGAUCCUUUGCAAGCAGGGAAUGUAGUUCAAUUGGUAAUGGUUUUGGGCCUCACAGUUGGGUGGAUUUCUACAUACAUUUUUAGAGUCUCAAACAAGGAAAUGACAUAUGCUCAACAACUACGUGAUUAUGAAAACAAAGUCAUGGAGAAGCGAUUAGAGGGCUUAACAGAAGCGGAGCUAGAAGCAUUGCUUGAACAGGUUGAAGAAGAGAAGAGAAGCAUAUCCAGUAGUGAGCAGGUUAACUGAAGUUCACUUUGACUUUAUAUUUGGUUAAAAUUUCACAUAGUAAUUAUAGCAAAAUCUUUCUAUGAAUACAGUUCUAUAAAUUCCCACUUUAGUUGUAUAUAUGCAGAGUAAGAAAAUUCCAGUUUCCAUUA